AAAACAUAAGAGUAUAAUACACUUUAACACGUACUAUAUUGGGCUUGCAUAGUACUACGGAAAUUUAUAGCAGGAGCAUUUAAAGCCAGCCUUGACGGGGCUAAUCUCCGGAAGAGCAAUUAAUCUUUUCAAAAUCCGACUCUUGCAGGAUACAGUCCCCCACUGGCCUGCCACUAGUUUAAAACGAAUUAUUUUCUGUGAAACAUCAAGAUCGUGCCAAUAUUAGGGCAUCAAUAAGAUUGGUUGAAUGAGUCAAAGGCCUGCGCGGACAAGUCCAAUUAGAACACCUCUGGCUAAAAGCCAGAAUGAAUGAAAGGGUUCAUUCCUUGGUGUAGACGCAGAACUGGGACUGAAAAUCUGCCCCAAGACUCCACGUAGACUUUGGCUCCACCUGCAGCAGCGGCGCCCUAGUCACGUGACCCGGGCCAGCCCUCCCUAGGCGCCUGGGCCAGCCUGCGCCUGCGCAGUACUCCGAGACAGCGGACCCGUCAGUGACAGCUUCCGGUUUGGUUUCUCCGCCUUCUGCUUGGCUAGAGCUAUUGGGGCUCGGCGGCGGCCGCAGUGGGGUGGAGGGGGCAGGGCGUGGUGAGGUAAGGUGAGUGCCGUAGUGGGGUUCCCCGGAGCCAUGGCCUGCUCCAUUGUCCAGUUCUGCUACUUCCAGGAUCUCCAGGCCGCCCGGGACUUCCUCUUUCCUCACCUGCGGGAGGAGAUCCCCAGCGGCGCCUUGCGGAGGGACCCCAGUAAAUCUACAGACUGGGAAGAUGAUGGUUGGGGAGCAUGGGAAGAAACCGAACCCCAAGAACCUGAAGAAGAAGGAAAUACUUCCAAAACACAAAAAACUUCCUGGCUCCAAGAUUGUGUUUUAUCCUUAUCUCCAACCAAUGAUCUUAUGGUAAUAGCUCGAGAGCAAAAAGCUGUAUUUCUAGUGCCAAAGUGGAAAUAUAGUGAUAAAGGAAAGGAAGAAAUGCAAUUUGCUGUUGGCUGGAGUGGUUCUUUAAAUGUCGAAGAAGGGGAAUGUGUAACCAGUGCUCUAUGUAUCCCACUAGCAAGCCAAAAGAGGAGUUCCACUGGGCGUCCUGACUGGACCUGCAUUGUGGUGGGUUUUACUUCAGGUUAUGUACGCUUCUACACUGAGAAUGGUGUGCUCUUGCUUGCACAGCUUUUGAAUGAGGACCCAGUACUUCAACUUAAAUGCAGAACCUAUGAAAUACCACGGCAUCCCGGGGUAACUGAGCAGAAUGAAGAGUUGAGUAUCUUAUAUCCAGCUGCCAUUGUGACUAUUGAUGGAUUUAGCCUUUUUCAAUCUCUUCGUGCUUGUCGAAAUCAGGUAGCAAAAGCUGCAGCAUCAGGCAAUGAGAACAUACAACCACCACCAUUAGCUUAUAAGAAAUGGGGUCUACAGGAUAUUGACACUAUUAUUGAUCAUGCUAGUGUUGGUAUUAUGACUCUGUCCCCCUUUGAUCAAAUGAAGACUGCCUCCAAUAUAGGUGGAUUUAAUGCAGCAAUUAAAAAUAGUCCACCUGCCAUGUCUCAGUAUAUCACUGUAGGGUCCAAUCCAUUUACUGGCUUCUUCUAUGCUUUAGAGGGAAGCACACAACCAUUAUUAUCCCAUGUUGCACUAGCAGUUGCAAGUAAACUCACUUCUGCUUUAUUUAAUGCUGCCAGUGGUUGGCUUGGUUGGAAGAGUAAGCACGAAGAAGAAGCUGUCCAAAAGCAAAAGCCGAAGGUUGAGCCAGCUACCCCAUUAGCUGUAAGAUUUGGACUUCCAGAUUCUAGACGCCAUGGUGAAAGCAUAUGUCUGUCUCCAUGUAACACACUGGCAGCAGUAACAGAUGAUUUCGGCAGAGUUAUUUUAUUGGAUGUAGCUAGAGGAAUUGCAAUACGCAUGUGGAAAGGGUACCGCGAUGCACAAAUUGGAUGGAUUCAAAUUGUAGAGGACCUUCAUGAAAGAGUACCAGAAAAGGCGGAUUUUUCCCCCUUUGGAAAUUCUCAGGGUCCAAGUCGAGUAGCUCAAUUCCUUGUGAUCUAUGCGCCAAGAAGGGGAAUUUUAGAAGUGUGGAGCACACAGCAGGGACCUCGAGUAGGAGCUUUCAAUGUGGGGAAGCACUGCAGGCUGCUGUAUCCUGGCUAUAAAAUAAUGGGCUUAAAUAAUGUUACCAGUCAGAGUUGGCAGCCACAGACGUAUCAGAUCUGUCUUGUUGAUCCAGUGUCUGGAAGUGUGAAAACAGUGAAUGUUCCCUUCCAUUUAGCACUGAGCGAUAAGAAGAGUGAACGAGCCAAGGAUAUGCACCUAGUGAAGAAACUAGCAGCCUUACUGAAAACAAAAUCUCCCAAUCUUGAUUUGGUUGAAACAGAAAUAAAGGAAUUAAUUCUUGAUAUUAAAUACCCUGCAACCAAAAAACAAGCUUUGGAAAGCAUUUUGGCAAGUGAACGUUUACCAUUUUCUUGCCUUAGAAACAUCACUCAGACUUUAAUGGACACUUUAAAAAAUCAAGAACUUGAGUCGGUUGAUGAAGGAUUGCUACAGUUUUGUGCCAAUAAACUAAAAUUGCUGCAACUCUAUGAGUCGGUCAGUCAACUAAAUUCCCUUGAUUUUCAUUUAGACACACCAUUCUCUGAUAAUGACUUGGCUGUGUUACUAAGGCUUGAUGAAAAAGAACUACUUAAGCUCCAGGCAUUACUAGAGAAGUAUAAGCAAGAGAACACCAGGACAAAUGUUCGAUUUUCUGAUGAUGAAGAUGGUGUGUUGCCUGUAAAAACAUUCUUGGAAUAUUUAGAAUAUGAAAAGGAUGUGCUCAAUGUAAAGAAGAUAAGUGAAGAGGAGUAUGUGGCUUUAGGUAGUUUCUUUUUUUGGAAGUGUUUGCAUGGAGAAAGCUCCACUGAGGAUAUGUGUCACACUUUGGAGUCGGCUGGACUUAGCCCUCAGCUGUUGUUGUCUCUGCUCCUGAGUGUUUGGCUUUCGAAGGAAAAGGAUAUUUUGGAUAAACCACAGUCAGUCUGCUGUCUUCAUACCAUGCUGUCCCUCCUGAGCAAGAUGAAAGUGGCCAUCGAUGAGACCUGGGAUUCUCAGUCUGUGUCCCCGUGGUGGCAGCAGAUGCGCACAGCCUGUAUUCAGUCUGAGAACAAUGGAGCUGCUCUGUUGUCUGCACAUGUUGGGCAUUCUGUUGCUGCGCAGAUAUCAAACAACAUGACAGAGAAAAAAUUUUCCCAAACAGUUUUGGGUGCUGAUUCAGAGGCCCUCACUGAUUCCUGGGAGGCACUUUCUCUUGACACUGAGUACUGGAAACUCCUUCUGAAACAGCUGGAGGAUUGUCUCAUACUUCAGACUCUGCUUCACAGCAAAGGGAACACUCAGACCUCCAAAGUGUCAUCACUGCAGGCUGAGCCACUUCCAAGGCUUUCUGUUAAAAAGUUAUUAGAAGGAGGAAAAGGUGGCAUUGCAGACAGUGUAGCCAAGUGGAUAUUUAAACAGGACUUCAACCCUGAAGUAUUAAAACUGGCUAAUGAAGAAAGAGAUGCAGAAAACCCAGAUGAACCCAAAGAAGGUGUUAACAGAGGUUUCCUUGAGGUAUCAGAGGUGGAGAUGGACUUAGGAGCCAUACCAGACUUACUGCAUUUAGCCUAUGAGCAAUUUCCUUGUAGCCUUGAGCUCGAUGUGUUGCACGCACAUUGCUGCUGGGAGUAUGUUGUUCAGUGGAAUAAAGAUCCAGAGGAAGCACGUUUUUUUGUUAGGUCAAUAGAACACUUGAAGCACAUUUUUAAUGCACAUGUUCAAAAUGGCAUUGCACUGAUGAUGUGGAAUACAUUCUUAGUUAAAAGAUUUUCUGCUGCUACAUACUUAAUGGAUAAGGUUGGAAAAUCACCAAAGGAUAGGUUAUGCCGAAGGGAUGUGGGAAUGAGUGACACAGCAAUGACAUCUUUCCUCGGCUCCUGUUUGGAUCUUCUUCAGAUCUUAAUGGAGGCAGAUGUUAGCAGGGAUGAAAUACAGGUGCCUGUGCUGGAUACUGAGGAUGCGUGGCUCUCCGUGGAAGGACCCAUCUCCAUAGUGGAACUGGCCCUUGAACAGAAGCACAUCCACUACCCACUGGUGGAGCACCACUCCAUCCUGUGCUCCAUCUUGUAUGCAGUCAUGAGGUUUUCUCUGAAGACCGUGAAGCCACUAUCACUUUUUGACAGUAAGGGAAAAAAUGCAUUUUUCAAAGACCUAACUUCAAUUCAGUUAUUACCUAGUGGGGAAAUGGAUCCAAAUUUUAUUUCUGUACGACAACAGUUCUUAUUGAAAGUUGUCAGUGCAGCUGUCCAGGCCCAGCAUUCAGCCACAAAGGUCAAAGAUCCCACAGAAGAGGCCACACCUACUCCUUUUGGGAAAGACCAGGAUUGGCCAGCUCUAGCUGUGGAUUUAGCCCAUCACCUUCAAGUUAGUGAAGAUGUUGUUAGAAGGCAUUAUGUUGGGGAGCUAUACAACUAUGGAGUUGACCACUUAGGAGAAGAGGCCAUUCUACAGGUUCAUGACAAAGAGGUCCUUGCCUCUCAGCUGCUGGUGCUGACGGGGCAAAGGCUGGCUCAUGCGCUUCUCCACACCCAGACAAAAGAAGGAAUGGAGCUGCUUGCCAGACUUCCACCCACACUGUGUACUUGGCUGAAAGCAAUGGACCCCCAGGACCUUCAAAACACUGAAGUGCCAAUUGCAACAACAGCUAAACUAGUAAAUAAAGUAAUCGAGCUUUUACCAGAAAAACAUGGGCAGUAUGGUCUAGCCUUACACCUUGUUGAAGCUGUGGAAGCCAUAUCUCUUCCUUCUUUAUGACACUUACCUACUGGAAAUAGUCUAAAAUUAUGAUUAUAACAUGAAGUAGUGCAUGGUUAUUUUACAUAGUAAGACCUGGAAUUUUAUGGGGAAAGUAUGUCUUUUUUUUUUUUCCUUUUGUAAAAUAAAUAAAAGUAUAUACAACUUUUAAAAAAGUACAACCCUGGCUAAAUUCCACUCCUUUGGUUAAUAUUGAAGACAAAAUAUAAACAAAUAUCAACUCUGUUAUAAUACAGAUGUUUUACUGUUUAUUUCUAAUUCAAACACUUAAAUAGCUUUAUUGUUAACCUUUGCUAUUUAAAAUUGAUUAUAAUUUAGAUUAUGUUCUUAUAAGAUUCUAUAUUUCCUAUCGAAAAUGUUGUUGUAAUUCAAUUUAAAUGUGUUCAUGUACGGUCCCCAUCAGUAGAGUAUAGAAACACCCCACUCUCCUUUAGUAAAUGUUGAGAAAAUGCCUUUGUUGUCAUGCUCCAAAUCCCACAUGGGCUGCCACCUGGGAGUUCUGGAUACUGAAAGCUUCCUUUCCCAGAGGUUCUGCUGUUGCCAUCAGAGGAGGAUGACCAUGCUUGAGGAGGAAGAAUGGGUUCAAGAUCAUCAUAUUCAUCAGAAGGGGACACUAAAUAGAACCCUUAACCUGUUGUACUUGCCAAAAUUGAGAAUAAGAGGUGUGUACAAUGCAGCAAAUUACAUUAUAAUGUAAGUUAAGAUUUGCUUUUUGCAAGUUGCAAAGUUGUAUCCACAUCAGGUCACUGUAAAAAUGUAUUAUCUUGUAAAACUUAUGUAAAAAAAAAAAAAAAAAGGCAAAGAUACUAAAAAUUUUAAGUCCAACUUUAUUUUUCCUACAAGUGUUUAGAAAUGCUUCUGGGAUUUGCUAAUUGUUAUCUUGGGAACAGUAUUGAAAAAACUGCUUAGUGAUAUUACAGCUUUAGCAAACCUACCUCACAGCUGGGAUGAGAGGAUAAAAUACAACUAAUUUUGUACCCUAUAGUGCCUAGAGCAGUCCAAGUGCUAAAUAUUUACUGACUAGAACCAAACUAUAGCUACUCGGGAGGCUGCAGGACGAUCGCUUGAGCCCAGGAGUUUGAGGCCAUCCUGGGCAAUAUAGCCAGA